CGUUCAUCCUUGCAUAAACAAAUGUUUUUGUUUUGUUUUUUUUUUUAUUAAAAAAUUAAAUUUUCUAAAAAUUUUCUGAUAAAAAUUCCUCAAUAAAUUCAAGAAGAUAGGAAUAGUUAAAUACCUUCAGAUUUAAAAUGACAUCUACAAAUGAAAUACCAAUAAAUGAUGAAAAGAUCAUCUUCAAAUGUGACAAACACUCUGCAAUUAUCUCCGAGAAAUUACAGAGUUUCUAUCAAGAAGAUGAGUUUUUCGACACUAUUCUCACAGCAGGAAGCAAUUACGCCAAGCUUCAAGCUCAUAAAGUUGUACUCUGUGCAUUGAGUGAGUACUUUUUGCAAUUUUUCCGUCUGAAUCAAACAGCUUCGAAAGAUAAUGUUGUUGAACUUAAAGAAAUCCAAGCUUCAACAUUGAAACUUGUAAUUGAUUUCAUGUAUACGGGUAUGAUUGAAUUAAGUCUCGCAACUGUUGAAGAACUUUUGCGAACUGCAUCGUUUUUAAAAUUGAAAACUUUAGUUGACGGUUGUUGUGAACUGAUUGUGGAAAACAUCAAUUACAGCAACUCUUUGUAUUGGUUCCGUUUAGCUAAAGAACUUAGUCUAGAGAGUCUUAAAGCCAAGUCACUCGAAUGUACUUACAUUCACUUUGAGAAUAUAUCAAAGGAACAAGAAAUUUUGAUUCUGAAUGAAAACGAAUUGAAAGAUCUCCUAUUCAAUGACAAUCCUCAUGGAGACUUUGAAGAAGAAGUCUUUUUAUCCAUGGUCAAAUGGAUAAAUUAUGACAAACUCAAUCGUGAACAUUUGACUUUCCAGCUUUUGUCAAUGGUUCGUUUUUGGGUUUUAACACCAAAAUUUAUCGUUGAAAACAGACAUUCAGUUUGUAAGACUGUCGAGAGCUACGAAUUGAUUUGUAGUUGGCUUCAAUGGCAUUUGUCGCCCGAAAGUCGAACAAACGAUUAUGCAAAUAUUAAUUUUAAUCCAAGAAUAAAGCCUUUUAAACUUGCAGUUGUACGUAGUUAUUAUGAUGAUAAUAAGAAAAUUAAUAUUGAAACCUUUGAAUCGCAUAAAAACGCAUGGUCAAUAGAAAUAGAAAAUUGUCUUCUUAACAAAAAAUGUUCAUUUGCUAAUAUUGUCAUUGAUGGUAAACUGAUUGUGGUUGGAGGGUUUAAAAGUUUUGAAUGGCAAAAGACCGUAGAGUGUCUAGAUUUGAAAACAUUCAAAUGGACAGAUUUCCCACCAAUGAUAAAGGCACGAUUAGAGCGAUGUCAACUGGUUGAUUUAAAAGGAUAUUUGGGUGUUUUCGGGCGUCAUAGCUAUGACUUUCUCUGUGCUUCCAAUUCAAUUUCCAUGGAAGUGUACAACUUUUCAACAUGCACAUGGCGUGAAAUACAACCACUUAAUCAACUUAGUGAUCAAAACAAAAUAGUUGCACAAAAUGGAGUGAUGUACAUACUUGAUUUUAAAAACGGCUAUUUGCAAACUUAUUAUGCAGCUUCAAAUCAAUGGACUUCUAAAACUAUUAAGAAAGCUAUAGUAAAAGAUUAUGGUCUAGCUGCUGUGGAGAGAUUUUUGUACGUCUUUGGUGGUCAUCGUAUGGAUAAUGGAGAAUGUGUGCGAAAUGUCCAACGAUAUGAUCUGUCCAACAAUUUUUGGUGGGAAAUGGCACCACUACCAUAUAUACAAGCUGCUACGUUAAUAAAAACCAAAGUUUUUGAAAAUAAAAUUAUAGUCUCGGAUUCUGUUAAUAUUGCAGAGUAUAAUAUUGACACUGACAAAUGGAAUACUUUGAGUCCUUUCAGUGCUUGGUAUGGCACUUUUGAUAUUUUAAACUUUAAUGAUAACACUUAAAUUGUAUAUUUUUAUUUUGUUUUUGUAACUGUUUAAAAAAUUACUUAAAAAAAAUGUAUGGGCAAAUAGUAUUAAGCCAAACAAUACCUCAUGACGUAAAUCGACCGUUCACGAGUCAUUAUAGGGCCCAUAAUAUAAUACAUAAAAUAUGUACCUAUGUAAUGUAUAGAUAGUAAUAAGUGAAUUGAAAAAGUUGACUAUUUUUUGUUAUAUGAUUUUUCUGAGAAAUAUAAAAAAUGUUUUUCGUUAUUGUUAAACUUCCUUAGUCCUGCAAUAAUUUAUGUUUAAAUUUGUAAGAAAACAAUAUAUUUUCGCAUGAAAAGGACAACAUUUUGAUGAAAUACGACACUGCGUUUUAGAACCUAAGUUACAAAUUAUAUAUUUCAAAUUUUUUCUUAUGUCAAUAAUUUUCUUCUUCAAAAUUCUCGAAUUUCUUCUUUAUAGAAUAGACUGU